AUGGAAGGAAACCAGCAUCCCCAGUUGAUUCCGUGGGCCAUUGCUGCUGUUUGCAUCUCACUUUUCAGUGCCUGUUUCAUUGCAAGCUGUUUGGUGACGAGUCACAACUUUCUACGCUGUAAGAGAAGCAUGGGAGUGUUCAAGUUUCCAGCCUACCACAAGGAGCUCAGAUGCAUCAGAGAGAAAUCAGAACCAAAAGGUACAGAGAGGAGCUACUGGAACUGCUGUCCUGUUGGCUGGAGAGCCUUCCAGUCCAACUGCUACCUGCCUCUUAACGACAACAGGACGUGGACUGAGAGCGAGAGGAACUGCUCAGGGCUGGGGGCCCACCUGGCGACCAUCGGCACAGAGGCUGAGCAGAACUUUAUUACUCCAUUUUUGGACAGACAAUAUUCAUAUUUCCUGGGACUUACUGAUGAGAAGACUGAAGGUCAAUGGUGCUGGGUAGACCAGACACCAUUUAACCCACACAUGACAUUCUGGCAUAAGAAAAAACCCAGCGACUCCCAAGAAAAAAACUGUGUUAUCCUUGUUAAUGAUCAAGAUAAAUGGGCCUGGAGUGAUUUUCCUUGUAACUUUGAGACAAGUAGGAUUUGUAAGAUACCUGGAAUGGCAUUCAGCUAG